AUGCUUCCUCAUGACUCAGAAACUCGUUCCCACCUCAUCCCCCCUGUCUAUUCCCCAGGUGGCCUUCCAAACGCUCAUCCCCCGCUUCCUCACGACCAGAGUCGCCUCUACUCUCGCCGUGCCUCAUCAUGUUUUGACUCUCUAUGUCAUGUUGCACCCCCCUACCCACCCCUUCCAUCCCUCCACAUCGCCUUCCAUUCCAAGCGCUCAUCCCCCACUUCCUCACGGCCAAAGUCGCUUCUUCUCUUGCCUAUCCUUCUGUUCACCUUUCCCCCCUUCGCCUUUCCCCCCUUCGCCUUUCCCCCCUUCGCCUUUCCCCCCUUCAACUUUCCCCCCUUCGCCUUUCCCCCCUUCACCUUUCCCCCCUUCGCCUUUCCCCCCUUCACCUUUCCCCCCUUCACCUUUCCCCAGGUGGCAUUCCAAGCGCUCAUCCCCUGCUUCCUAAUGACCAAAGUCGCCUCUACUCUCGCUGUGCAACCACUCACCUCGCUCGCUGCCCUGCCCUUCCUCGCUGUAAUUCAGGUCCUCUGUGGAAUACCUCUAGGCAGGCUAGCCUGCCUACCACCGUCCCUCUUCCCCCUCUUCUCUCGCUUCUGUACUGCUUAUGUUCUCCAGUUCGCCUUGUCCUCUAUCCUCUGUGGAGCAGCGCUAGCGCUAGGCAAGCUAGCCUGCACAAUCGCCUACCGCCGUCCCUCCUCACUCUCCUCACUCCCCUCCCCUCCUGCCGCCCGUCACAUCGCCUUCUCCGUCGCUCAGAGCCUCGGCCUCUCUCCCUCUGCUGCCGCCCUCCUCUCUGGCCUCCCCCCUCCGAAGCGGGAGGGGGCGGUGGAGGGGAAGGUGGGCGGUGGGAAGGUGGCGCCUGGGCGGGGAGUUUUGUCUGCACCUGGGAUGGUUGGGGCAGCGGAGCGGGCGGCGGGGAGGAAGGAGGCGGUGGUUAUGUCAGCAUGUGCGUUUGGAAACUCGCUCACUCUGCCUCUUGUGUUUCUGGCAACGCUGCUGACUCGCGCUGAUGCUGACAGAGCCGCUGGGUACCUCGCACUCUUCAUGGUCGGGGCUGCUGGGUACCUCGCACUCUUCAUGGUCGGCUGGUCCCCCACGUUCUGGACUCUAGGCUACAGCAUGUUCCCAGGGGGGGAUAACAAGCAGGAGGAGGGUGAGCGGGUGGGGGGAGACAUGUUCCCAGGGGGGGAUAACAAGCAGGAAGAGAGGGAGCGGACGGGUGAAGAGGCGAGUGCAGCAGCAGCAGUGGCAGCAGAAGCGAUGGGAGUGACGGGGUUUGAGCAUGCUGUCAGCCGUGUGAUGGCGGUGGUUCAGAAAGUGCUAGCAGGUCUGCUAAUAGGAGCCACCCCUCUUUCCCACUUCUUCCUCCCCGCCUCCUCCUCCUCUGCUGCUGCUGCCGCCUCCCUCCCAGCCUAUGCCUCACCAUGGCUCUUCAGCCCUGCCACUGCCGGCAUUCUGCAUGGCAUCAUGGAGGUCCUGUGGCUCUUCAGCCCUGCCACUGCUGGCAUCCUGCACAGCAUCAUGGAGGUGGUGGGGGCAGGCGAGGCAAGGCAUGCGGGUUGGAGAACCACUCUUCGCCAGAUGGCAUGCCUCGCCACUCAACCACCUUCCUCCCUCCCUCCCGCCACCGCCCAGGCAGCAGCUAUUCUUGGGUCAGCCUGUGUGGCCGUGCAAGCAGUAGUGCUUGCGUCCUCUCUCGCCUCCUCCAUCCCCUCCCGCAUCUCCCUCUCCUGGCCCAAACCCUCCUCCUCCCCUUCCUCCACUCCCUCCCCCUCUCCGUCCUCCUCCUCACCAUCUCAUCCCUCCUCUCCCACCUCUGCUGCCACAGCAGCAUCUGUGUCAGCAGCAAUCGAACAGCUGCUACCACCAGCAGCCAACACCGAAGUCACGGCGCUAUCGACAAUCCCUACACCAGCAGCAUCUGUGUCAGCAGCAAUCGAACAGCUGCUACCACCAGCGGCCAACACCCAAGUCACUGCUCUCGUGCCCAUGCCUGUGCAAGGCAGCACCCCCUCUUCCCUUGUGCUCUUCAGUCCCAACCAACUGCCUGCCCUUUUCGGCCUGAGCAUGAGAGAAAUAAGGGUGGAGUCUCGUGGCCCUCGCCACUCUGCUUCUGUCGCUGCACCUGCUGGAGGAGGGGGAAAUGGUAGUGGUGGAAGAUUGGGAAAUGGGGGAGAUGGCAGCACUGUUAGUGAGCCAGCUGCUGGAGCGAGCCUUUCUUCCUCUGCUGCUGCUUCUCCCUCAUCCUCCGCUGCCGCGCUGCCCUCCUUGCUGGAUGAUAGGGCGCUCUGGGUGGUGUGUGCUGUGCGCCUGCUGCUGCUGCCCAUGCUUGGGACUGUUGGAAUAAUGGUGAGGCGUUGUCCUCUUCUUCCCUCUCUCUUCCAAUCCCUCCCUUUCCUCUCCUCUUCUUCCCUCUCUCUUCCAAUCCCUCCCUUUCCUCUCCUCUUCUUCCCUCUCUCUUCCAGUCCCUCCCUUUCCUCUCCUCUUCUUACCUCUCUCUUCCAAUCCCUCCCUUUCCUCUCCUCUUCUUUCCUCUCUCUUCCAAUCCCUCCCUUUCCGCUCCCCUUCUCCCUCUCUCUUCCAAUCCCUCCCCUUUGUCCGUUCCUCUUCCCCCUCUCUAUUCCAACUCCUCCACUUCCGUCCUCUCUCACACUUCCAACCCCUCCCCUUGACAAACCCCCCUUUCCGCGCUCCCCUUGCUUCUCAGGCACUAUUCAGACCGCCAUGCCAUCAGCUCAAAAUCUCGUGCUUAUGUCUCAGCUCAGCCCGGCCACCAAGCCUCUAGCAGGAAUGCUCGCCUCGCUCAUGCUCCGACAGGUCCCAGCCACCAAGCCUCUAGCAGGAAUGCUCGCCUCGCUCAUGCUCCGACAGCCCAGCCACCAAGCCGCUGGCAAGAAUGCUGGAGUCCUUGAUGCUGCGACAGGUGGGUUGUGGGAGGUGUAG